GUCUAAAAAAAAGGACGCGUGACAAUCUGCUCCAAACUCGCGAAAAAAUUGUUUUCAAGGGAAACGUAACGAAACUGAAUAUGUUUUCAAGUGGAACAGAUCGGAGGGCAUAGGGCAGCCUCUCCUUCGCCCUAGCUAGCUAGGUCUACAUCGUCGGGGAAUCCGACCAGAUCCCGGCGGGAGAUGGAUCGAUCGAUGGAGCCACCCAGCAAGCGGAUUCAUGCCACCGAAAAUCAGCCUAUGGAGCCACCCAGCAAGCGGAUCCGCGGCGCCCAAGAUGACCGUCUAAGCGACCUACCCGACUGCCUCCUCCACAGCAUCCUCUCCUUCCUCGAGUCCCGGCAGGUGGUCCGAUCAAGCGUGCUCUCGCGAAGGUGGAAGAACAUCUGGCGCUCCGUACCGUGCCUCGACAUCGACUUCACAUUGUUCCGCCGUCAAGCCCGCUGUCGAAGCCGAAAGUGCUGCGUAACUGAUUACGGGCGGAUGAAGGUAUGUGCCAAGGAGUGGCGGCCGUUCGUGGAGUUUAGCGACAAGCUCUUUCUGAUUAACAGCGCCCCGUCCUUGGAUAGGCUCCGGAUACAUGUCCCGGCUGUAAACUAUGAUGACCGGCAGGCGUGCUCGAGAUGGAUCAGCAGGGGCGUCCAGCGCAGCCCCACAGUGAUUGACAUUCACAUGGACUCAAGUUGGGGUUGGGGAAAAUGGUUCCUCCCUGAUUUGGGAUCGAAAUCAUAUCGCCUCACAAGAAUACUCCUCCAUGGUGUACAAUUGGACGAUAGCUUUGCAGAGCAGCUCCGUUGCGGGUACCCUGUUCUUGAGCAUCUGAGUCUCGUUAAGUGCUUCUAUCGCAUUGGCGACAUUGUGUCCGGAACCCUAACACACCUCACAAUUGAUGACUGUGUAGGCCAUCACGGGUUUUCCGAUGGAAUUGUGGUCGCUGCUCCAAGGCUAACGUCUUUGCGUACCUCUUUGUCAACUAGCGGCUGGCCUGAUGGUAUAUAUGUAACACACACACCUUCCUUGGUCAAGGCAUCACUAUGUGUGACAUCAUGGUACCACACAAAGGCUAGCUUUUUGGACAACUUAUACAGGAUAUUUAACAUACCGCAUCUAGAAUUGUUUGGUUUCAACAUGAUGGUAAACCUACUACAGAUUUCAGAUAAACUCCCACAGUUCAAUAAUGUGAGAACUUUAUUAAUCAACCGAUGCGAUCUCAAAACGAACGUAAAUAUUAAAACACUGGAUCACUUUCUCCAAAGCAUGUCGAGCUUAGAAAAGCUUACUCUGCAGAACUGUGAGUUCACAGAUCGCUCGAAGAGGAGGACAUCAAGGGCCAAGUGGCGAAAUAUUGCUCUCGAAAGCCAGAAUCUUAUGUCUUUCAAGUGUGAUAAUUUGGAGGUGAUUGAAUUCAAGCAUAGCAAAGAUGACGGAAUCGAUGAGUUGUUUGAGCUCCUAAUGGGCCUUUGGCGGAACCUAGGCAAGACAAAUAUCAAACUCACCAAAGUUUAGAGAACUUGCCACGUUCAUAUUAGCUACAAGUUGUGAACUUAAGGUUUCCAUUACAAUUUCCCGUCAUGUGUACUAUUACAUUUUAAUUACUGGGUUGGACAAGCAUCAACAUUGUGCUUAGUACACGUUACGUCUUUUUAAAAGAUUUUUGUAAUUGA